AUGUCUGACGUAGACUGGGAGUCUGAAUUCGCUAAAUAUCGCUCGAGCCCUGAGUUCAAGAUGCUCAAUUCGCGCAUGACUCUCGAAGAGUUCAAAUCCAUCUACUGGAUGGAAUGGAUCCAUCGGCUUUGGGGGCGAUUCAUAGGGCUCUCCUUUGUGUUGCCUGCUGUCUAUUUCGUCGCGAGGAAGCAAGUCUCCCGUACCAUGGCAAUGAGGUUAGUGGGCAUAGCAGGCUUAAUUGGAUUCCAGGGCUUCAUCGGCUGGUGGAUGGUGAAGUCGGGGUUGAAAGACGACCUAUUCGCGCCGGGCUCCCAUCCGCGUGUUUCGCAGUACCGUUUGACGGCGCAUCUUGGCGCAGCUUUCAUCUGCUACCUUGCCAUGCUCUGGAACGGUCUUGAUAUCCUACGAACGAACAAGAUCUUACGCGUCUCCUCUGACGGUGCAAACGCGACGCUCAAAGCCUUGAGUAACCCAGCGUUAAAGCCGUUCAAGCGCUAUGUCUCCCUCCUUGCAGGUCUGGUCUUCAUCACAGCAAUGUCUGGUGGUCUGGUCGCAGGUCUUGAUGCAGGUUUGAUCUACAACGAAUUCCCAUUCAUGGGAUUGGGCCUCACGCCUCCGAAGAGCGAGCUAUGGGACAAGUUCUACUGCCGGGCACCCGACCACAGUGACCUUUGGUGGCGCAACCUGCUCGAGAAUCCUAGUUUGGUCCAGCUUGAUCACAGGAUUCUUGCGACGACCACUUUCACUGCAGUUAUGGCGCUAUGGGCAUUCUCACGGUCCGCGGCAAUGCAGAAGAUCCUACCGAGAGCGGCACAGAAGGGAGUCCAUGGGGUUGUCGGAUUUGCGUGCUUGCAGGUCAUCCUUGGCAUUUCCACGCUAUUAUAUUUGGUACCGACUGGACUUGCAAGUGCACAUCAGGCAGGGAGUCUGGCAUUGUUGACUUGGACAAUUGUUCUGGGAAGCCGGGUCUGGUUCCCGACCCAAGCUGCGCGGAUUCUGGCCCAGCGGACGAUAACGCAGGUGAACCUUGGUGGUACCGGUUCUGAGAUGGCGCAAAGGGCAGCUUUGAUGUCCUCGGCAGCGAAGGCAAAGACAUUGAUGCCUGGGAGCCCGACCGCAGUGGCUGCUGUCGGUUUCAUGCCCGCUGUCACAGUCAUCGGUCUGGCUCUUGCUUCGGAGACAGAAGCUACCGUUGCGAGAAGACAGCUAUUCUCCCGAAAGCUUGAGGACCAUGCAGUCUCCGGGCUGGGGCAAACGCGGUCUUCCUGA